GCCCACUUGCCCCCAACCCCGGCACCCAGUAGUGCUUAAUCACCUACCCUCCCACCACUCACCUGCUGCACCACCACCUCCCCGACGCCCAUCCGUUACCCGUCAUCCCCUCCACACGCUCGUUCAUCUCCUUAUUGCCCUCUCGGCCCUCCCUCGUUCAGCCCUGGCCCUGUACCCACUUACACCGCCCUCCAAGCACACUCUACUUGCGUACAUAGUCGUCCUUGAUCCGUCCGUUGCUCCCUUUUAAUACUUACAAAUCUCAAACACCCUCUGUUAGACGCGUCACCCUCGCCCAUUAAAGUACGCUGUCUUGACACCCCAUCCGCUCGCUCCCGUUACCCUGAUCUGCGAAACCGCCAAACAUGCUACCAAAGACGUGGUUUUCCGGCGCGGUUCUCGCUCUCGCCACUGUUUCCUCGGCUUUUACCCUCGAGGACCUGCACAUUGACGGCGUCAACCACUAUCUGCGCCACGGCAAGCGACAAGAAGCUGAGGGCACCGGCGCCGUCUCAUCGCCAGCUCCUCCUGCCUCGUCACCACCUCCAGCAUCACAACCUUCGCAGCCUCCAGUCUCAACGCCGCCACCAGUCGCAUCCCCAUCACCCCAGCCACAGCCACAGCCAACACCAUCCAGCGACGACAACAAUAACAACAAUAAUAAUAACAAUAACCCGCCUCCAUCACAACAGCCCUCAAAUGACGUCCCCACAAACACACCCACAGCAACUACCACCAGGGGCAAUGGCGGCAACAACAACAACAAUAACAACAACAAUGGCCCUACCUCGACAGGACGCACCACUGGAAACGGACCUACCGCCACUCCCCCGCCAUCUACCAUCAGGACCGCACCCAUCACCAGGACCUCGGAUCUCCUUUCUACCACCCUGCGCGAGUUCACCACCACCAUUGUCACAAUGAGCGGCGACCAACAAAUCACGCAGGUCUCGACUGGCACCAGCACCUCUGUCGCAACCACCGGACAAGUCACCUUUACCGAAGCGCCCACAGAACAGCAGGGUAACAAUCAAGGCAGUGACGGAGGCAUUAGCGACUCCGACAAGAAGAUCAUCGGUGGCGUCGUUGGAGGUGUUGGAGGUGCCCUGCUCCUCGGUGGCAUUGCCCUUGUCUUCUGGCGCAUGAAGAAGCGCCAAGCACGUGUCCAGGCGGACGACGAUGACCUCAUGGCCGGUACGGGCGCAGCCCUUGGUGACAAGCCUCAGAACAGCCCAGGGUCCGCUCCUUACGGAUCCAACAUGGACCAAUACUCUAGCCCCAGCGGACGGCCCAACGCAGCGGCCAACUUCUAGGCCAAGUGCAGUCUCGACAAAGGACACAGACCUACCACCACAGCCCAUCACGAUACCAACGACUAUUUGCGGGGUCUAUCUGAACCGGAUGCCAUCUCGAGUGCUGAGCCAUACUGGCUUGUACAUACAAUAUCAUGGCGGUUUUAAUAACUUUUAUUCCUUCGACGUUAUGCUGCCUGCCACGAUCAUCCCUGACUACGCAGCCUCUUUCCUUUUUUUCUUAUCUUUUUUUUCGGACAGGGUUACCACCGCCUUGGAGUUGAUAGUGUAGGAUGUCAUUAA